CCACCAAAAAGGCAUACUGCAGGUAAAAAAAACAUAAGAAUACAAAAGGACUUGAAGUCAAUUACACACAAACUAAAAGUAUCCAGCAACAAAUGAAUAAUACAGUCCACUUUGGAAAAAAAAAUACAAAUGAAGCUGAAAAUUUAUGGAUUGGAACAAACCUCUCCCUGACAGCACUUCCCAGCAACACAUAUACAUGGUUCACAGUUCUAUUUCAAUGUAACCUAGACUUCUUAUAUUCAGCAGGCUUCAAGCGAGGAAUCUGCAAAUACAGCAAAUGAUGAAUGAUGAUUAACACCAAGGCAGAAGCAUAUAAAAGAAAAUAUCCUUUUAACUGUUGACAUAAAAUCAUCUUUUUUAUUAUUGUUUUUUAAGUGCACAGCCCACAGAGCACUGGUACUGUCUAAUGAACAACUCGCUUGUCCACUGUCUUUCUCUGUUGAAUAGUUGCAAGACCCUAACGUCCCUCAAGCAAAUCCAGGCCAAUGUACUCAAAACCGGCCUCGACACUGACCCUUUCCUUGUUGGAAAACUACUCCUCCGCUGCACAGUGGUACUCCCCGAUACACUGGACUAUGCUUGCAGCCUCUUUCGCCACACUCCAAAGCCAGAUGUCUUCAUGUACAACACCCUCAUUCGAGGCCUUGCCGAAGCGGGUAAACCGCAAAAUUCAAUCAUUUUAUUCAUUGAAAUGAGGAAGAAAAUGCUUUCCUCUCCUGAUAGUUUCUCGUUUGCUUUCAUUCUCAAGGCGACUGCUAAUUUAAGGUCCUUGAGAGCGGGAAUUCAAUUGCAUUGCCAAGCAUUGACUCAUGGGUUAAAUGCCCAUCUUUUUGUUGGGACAACUUUGGUCAGCAUGUACGGAGAAUGUGGGUGUAUUCGAUCGGCGAGGAAGGUGUUCGACGAAAUGCAUGAACCAAAUGUUGUUGCGUGGAAUGCGGUGAUCACUGCAUUUUUUAGGGUUGGGAAUGUCAAGGGUGCGAGGGAAAUGUUUGAUUUGAUGCCCUUUAGGGACUUGACCUCGUGGAAUGUGAUGCUUGCGGGACAUGUGAAAGAACGGGAACUAGAGCUUGCAAGGAAAAUGUUUAUGGAGAUGCCUGUAAAGGAUGAUGUAUCCUGGAGUACCAUAAUUGUUGGGUUUGCUCAUAAUGGUUAUUUCGAUGAGGCUUUUGGGUUUUUUAGGAAGUUGCAGAGGGAUGGGACUAGACCGAAUGAAGUAAGCCUGACAGGGGUCCUUUCAGCAUGUGGACAGGCAGGAGCGUUCGAGUUUGGGAAAAUAUUACAUGGGUUUAUUGAGAAAGCUGGGCUUAUUUGGAUUAUAUCAGUGAAUAAUGCGUUACUAGAUGCUUACUCGAAAUGUGGGAAUUUAAGUAUGGCUCGACUGGUCUUUGAACGAAUGCCAGAGAAAAAGAGCAUUGUUUCUUGGACUUCAAUGAUGGUGGGACUUGCAAUGCAUGGUCAUGGAGAAGAAGCUAUUAGGCUUUUCCAUGAGAUGGAAAGGUCUGAAACUAGGCCUGAUGGAAUCACCUUUAUUUCACUUUUAUAUGCUUGUAGUCAUGCUGGAUUGAUCGAGCAAGGAUGUGAAUAUUUUAAUAAGAUGAGAGAUGUGUACAAUAUAAAACCAGCCAUUGAGCAUUAUGGUUGCAUGGUUGAUCUAUAUGGUCGAGCUGGUCAGCUGCAGAAGGCCUAUGAAUUUGUUUUUCAAAUGCCAAUUCCACCUAAUGAUAUCAUUUGGCGGACACUUCUUGGGGCUUGUAGUAUUCAUGGUAAUGUCAAGUUGGCCGAAAAGGUAAAGGAAAGGCUUUCUGAGCUCGACCCAAACAACUCUAGUGACCACGUUCUAUUGUCAAACAUUUAUGCAGUCGCAGGGAAAUGGAAGGAUGUUGCUGCUGUGAGAAGAUCAAUGACUGAUCAGAGAAUUAAAAAAACUCCUGGUUGGAGCAUGAUUGAAGUUGACAAGGUCAUGUACACUUUUAUGGCGGGUCCAAAACAAGAUAAAAUUAUGGAAGAGGCUUAUGAGAUGCUGAAAGACAUAAUUUUGAGGCUUAGGGUUGAAGGAGGUUAUGUUCCAGAGAUUGGGAGUGUUUUGCAUGACAUAGAUGAGGAAGAAAAAGAAGAUUCAGUGUCUACGCAUAGUGAAAAGCUUGCAGUAGCUUUUGGGAUAGCAAGAUUGUGUGAGGGAAAGACUAUAAGAAUAGUUAAGAAUUUGAGGAUCUGCAGGGACUGUCAUGUAGUGAUGAAGCUGAUUUCUCAGGUUUAUAAAUUGGAGAUUGUGGUCAGAGAUAGAAGCCGCUUCCACUCUUUCAGAAAUGGUUCUUGUUCAUGUGAAGAUUACUGGUAAUUAGGGACCAGUGGACCACUAAGCAGUGAAGAAUGAUGCAAGUGAAACAUAAAGUUUCUGUGAUUUAAGAAGGGCAAUAAUCUCAUACAAAAAAAUUGGAACAAGUGAAAAAAAUGCAAUCAGACUCAUUGCAGAUAGAGCUCUGAAGACAAUGGGGGGAUAGUGGACCUUCGUCUAUUUACGGGUGCUACUUGAGUAAGCUAUUAAGAUGGAUGGGGUUAGCGUGAUUCUGAUAGUUCUGAUGAAUACGGGCGUCUCAUUGAAAUUUGUAUGAAUGUUUCCCAUUUGUUGAGUGAUUAUAGGCAUUGGAUGUUUGGCUUGCUAAUGGAACUAGCCGGAAAAGAAGGCAGAUGUAUGAAACAAUAUAGCAGAUCAUAAUUAGAUGGUGUGCUACAAUUGGAUUUUUUAAGUAUAGGAAGUGUUCUAAUAGAUAAAAAACAAUUUCUCACGAA